AUGGAUCUAAUGAAUAGGAUCUUCCGAGAAUUCCUUGAUAAAUUUGUGGUUGUAUUCGUAGACGAUAUCCAUAUCUAUUCACCUUCUGAAGAAGAGCAUGAAGGGCAUCUUCGUACGGUUUUGCAGCUUCUUAGAGAGCAUCAAUUAUAUGCGAAGUAUGAGAAGUGUGAAUUCUGGCUUUCACAAGUGAAAUUCUUGGGUCAAGUAAUUUCGGGACACAGGGUUAUGGUGGACUCGUCAAAAAUAGAAGCAAUGUUAGAUUGGGAGCAGCCUAAGAAUGCCUCGAAAAUUCGUAGCUUUUUGGGUUUAGCUAGUUACUAUCGCCGGUUUGUAAAGAAUCUAUCUUCUUUAGCAUCGCCCUUAACAAGGUUGACCUGCAAAGGAGUGAAGUUUAUUUGGAAUAAAGCAUGUGUGAACUUCUUCCAAGAAUUAAAAUACAAAUUGACCACUACUCCAAUUCUCAUCAUUCUGGAACGAGGGCUAGGUUAUACAGUGUACUGUGAUGCUUCCAGAGAGGGAUUUGGAUGCGUUUGA